AGCUCGCACUUUAAAUGUUGCCGCGGCCGCAGCUGGAUGGCAGCGCAGCAGAGAGGCGAUGGGACCGAGUCCAACGGGCCCUCGGGGGAGCCCGCUUUAAAGUAGGGGGACACCCCACAUGGGCGGGUGGCAGGGAGCGGCAGCCAUCUCUCAGCCCGCGGCAGCAUGAGCGCGGGCGACCUGUCCACAUCGGACUGGGAGUUGCUGGAGUUCAACCAGUCGUACAACGAGAGCUGGCCAGCGGCCGAGCCCGGCUUCCCGUUCCUCUACGCCAUCCCGGCCGUGUACGGGCUCAUCAUCCUGGUGGGGCUAGUCGGAAAUGUGACCCUCAUCAAGAUCUUCUGCACGGUGAAGUCCAUGAGGAACGUGCCCAACAUCUUCAUCACCAGCCUGGCGCUGGGUGACCUGCUGCUUUUGCUCACCUGCGCUCCCGUGGACGCCAGCAAGUACAUUAGCGCCGAGUGGCUGUUCGGCCGGGUGGGUUGCAAACUCAUCGCCUUCAUCCAGCUGACCUCGGUCGGGGUGUCGGUCUUUACACUGACGGCGCUCAGUGCGGACAGGUACAAAGCUAUAGUCAGACCGAUGGAUAUCCAAACCACCAAUGCUCUGAUGAAGAUUUGUGUGAAGGCGGCUCUCAUCUGGGUGUUUUCAAUGCUGCUGGCUGUUCCCGAUGCUGUGUAUUCCGACCUGCAUCCUUUCGAUGACCCACAUAUCAAUAAAACUUUUAAGGCAUGUGCCCCGUACCCGCACGGCAAUGAGUUGCAUCCUAAAAUCCACUCCACGGCAUCCUUCCUGAUCCUCUACGUCAUCCCACUCUUCAUUAUCUCCGUGUAUUAUUUCCACAUUGCCAAGAACUUGAUCAGGAGUGCUUACAACAUUCCAGCAGAGGGCAAUCAGCACAUAUUGAGACAGAUGGAAUCCAGGAAAAGACUUGCAAAGACGGUGCUGGUAUUUGUGGGCUUCUUUGCUGUAAGCUGGCUCCCCAGUCACAUCAUCUACCUGCACCGCUCCUACCACUACAAACAGGUGGACACCUCCAUGGCGCACCUGAUCGGCAGCAUUUGUGCCAGAAUUCUGGCGUUCAGCAACUCCUGCAUCAACCCCUUUGCCCUCUACCUGCUGAGCAAGACCUUCAGAAAGCAGUUCAACAACAACUUGUUUUGCUGCAGGAGCCACCUGCUCAUACGAUCAACCAGCAUGGGCAAGAGCACCACAGCUUCGCGGAUGACCUCCCUCAAGAGCACCAACCACUCGGUGGGAAGCUUCAGUCUAAUCAAUGGGAACUUUGUUCACCAAGAAGGUUAUGUAUAGGGCUGCCAGGCAGCACCAAGAGACGAUGUAUGUGCUGCACUUUCAAUCAUUGUCAUACCCAGGGAUUGCCAGUCUCGGUGAAGUGAAUGUUUAAAGAAUCUUCGGGUCAGGUGGAGAAUGUGAGGACUUGGUACAAUAGGUUUCAGUCGAGUUUUUGCCAAAUCAAAGGAUAUAAUUCCGAUUAAAACUAUUUAUUUUGAAAUGUUGGGAGUAGUUUUGAUAUACGGCAGGUCCUCCCUAUAAGCAGGGAAGCAAUCAGGAAGCUAAUGGUGUACCAAAGAUAUGCCACAAAAGUAGGCAUUUGCCAGACCCUCUCUCAGGUCUCUGCACGUUGUGGGAGGCAAUAAGCAACAUUGUUACAUUGUUACAGAAAAACUAUUUUGGUACUGUUAAAGCAAGGACUAGAUGCGGUAUUUGUCAAUAUGAAAGAUGGAUACAUGAUGUGUAAUGCUGUGGUAUAUCAGUCACGUGUAUUAUAUUGGAAGGUACAAUGGCACUCAUCAUUGAGUGAUGAGAUGCCACCCACACAGACUUCCUUAUCUGAACUGUGUAGCAGUCAGGUCCAAUUUAUCUCAUUAAACGUGCAUUGUAGUAGAUUAUGUAUUUAUAUUCUGUUUUUAGAAAUUCAGUUCCAUCCACAUCAGUAGAAUGACAUUUCACUCAUGGAGUGCAACAAAUUUAUAUCAUGCUUUUGGUGCACAUACCGUAACUACAGACAGAUCUCCAUCCAUAAAUGUUGCACCAAAAAAACUAGAGAAAGGUAGAACAUCUAUGUUCGUGGUGAACUGUAGUGCUAUUUUUCCAAGAUAAGUGGAAGAGAAAAGUGAUAAAUAACAUCAUCAAGCGAGAUUUUGUGUGCUCAGUUUAAAUAAGAACCAUUUUAUAAUACAUGGCUGCAACACCUGAUCAUCAUCCACCAACUUACAUUUGUGAAAGUGCCUCACAGCACCAGAGGCCUGGGUUCGACCUGACCUUGGGUGCUGUCUGUGUGGAGCUUGCAC